AAGGCUGGGGUGUAGGCUAUCGGAAACCUGGGACAAUUGCUACCAAAAUACAAAUCUCUGGUGAUCUGGAAUAGAUGUGGGUCUAGAUUGGAAGCCUGUGCACUGAACCACUAUUCCGAGUUGCGUUUGCACCCUCUCAACCUGAGAGAGUUGCUCCCUGUCACUCAAGAUUUACUAGCCAAUCACAGCAUCAAGUAGCAUCUGCCAGUCAUAAGAGGAGGGUGGUUUUUCCGGAAUGCAUUUUCCUGUUUCCCUGUGGGAUCUGCCAGUCAUAAGAGGAGGGUGUUUCUUCCGGAAUCCUUUUCGCUGGUUUCCUGUAAUUAAGCAGGCUUAAGUGAUUUGUCCUGUGUGCUGCUGGGUACUGUGAAGGAAGCUCAGGCAAGUUCUGAAAGUGCGACAUGAUGAGGAUAUUGUCACUUCCCACAGAGAACGCAGUGACGUACUAUGAUGUCCUGGUGAGCUUUACUCAGGAAGAAUGGGCUUUGCUGGAUCCUUCCCAGAAGAGUCUCUACAAAGAUGUGAUGCUCGAAACCUAUAGGAACCUCACUGCCAUAGGCUAUAACUGGGAAGAAGAUAAUAUUGAAGAAGAUUGUGAAAAUUCUGGAAGACCCACUAGGCAUCUUCAAAGGGAUGGACCAAGUAAUACUGGAGAGAAACCCUUUGAAUGUAUUCAAUAUGAUGGAGCCUUUGCAAGAAACCAUCAUCAGUUACAUAAGGACACUGGAUCUUUCAUGUCUUAUACUGAUCGUCAAAUACAUAGAAGACCACACACUGAAGAAAAAGUCUAUGAUGGUAACCAAUGUGGUAAAACCUUUUCAUGUCACAACCAUUUUGAAAUCCGUAAAGGAACAUAUACUGGAGAAAAACCCUAUGAAUGUAAUCAAUGUGGGAAAGCCUUUGCACGCAACAGCAAUCUUCUAGACCAUAAAAGAAUACAUACUGGAGAGAAACCCUAUAAAUGUAAGCAAUGUGGCAAAGACUUUACCCAUCACAGUACUCUUCAUAUCCAUAAAAGAAUACAUACUAGAGAGAAAACCUAUAAAUGUAACCAGUGUAUGACCAUUGCUCAUCUUCAAUGUCAUAAAAUAACACAUACUGGAGAGAAACUCUGUGAAUAUAACCAAUGUUGGAAAGCCUUUGCAUAUCACAAAACUCUUCAAAUCCAUGAAAGAACACAUACUGGAGAAAAACUCUAUCAAUGUAACCAAUGUGCCAAAGCCUUUCCAUAUCACAGAACUCUUCAAAUCCAUGAAAGAACACAUACUGGAGAGAAACCAUAUGAAUGUAAUCAAUGUGGCAAAGCCUUUGCAUGUCUUAGAAAUCUUCAAAAUCAUAAAACAACACAUACUGGAGAGAAACCCUAUGAAUGUAACCAGUGUGGCAGAGCCUUUAGACAAUAUGUUUAUCUUCAGUGUCAUGAAAGAAUACAUACUCGAGAGAAACCCUUUGAAUGUAAUCAAUGUGGCAAAGCCUUUGCACAUCACAGCACUCUUCAAAGACAUAAAAGAACACAUACUGGAGAGAAACCCUAUGAAUGUAAUCAAUGUGGCAAAGCCUUUGCAUGUCCCAGAUACCUUCAAAUCCAUAAAAGAACACAUACUGGAGAGAAACCCUAUGAAUGUAAUCAAUGUGGCAAAGCCUUUGCUUGUUACCAAUCUUUUCAAAUCCAUAAAAGAACACAUACUGGAGAGAAACCCUAUGAAUGUAAUCAAUGUGGAAAAGCCUUUGCAUGUAACAGAUACCUUCAAAUCCAUAAAAGAACACAUACUGGAGAGAGACCUUAUGAAUGUAAUCAGUGUGGCAAGGCCUUUACAUGUCGCAGUAAUCUUCAAAUCCAUAAAAGAACACAUACUGGAGAGAAACCCUAUGAAUGUAACCAGUGUGGCAAAGCCUUUACACAAUUUUUUCCUCUUAAACGUCAUGAAAUAACACAUACCAAAGAGAAACCCUAUGAAUGUAAACAAUGUGGCAAAGCCUUUACACGCCACAGUACUCUUCAAAUCCAUAAAAGAACACAUACUGGAGAAAAACCCGUAUGAAUGUAAUCAAUGUGGCAAAGCCUUUGCAGGUCACAGUACUCUUCAAAAUCAUAAAAGAAUACAUACUGGAGAGAAACCCUAUGAAUUUAACCAGUGUAGCAAAGCUUUUACACAAUUUGUUCAUCUUCAGUGUCAUCAAAGGUUACAUACUGGAGAGAAACCCUAUGAAUGUAAAUAAUGUGUCAAAGCCUUUACAUGUCACAGUACUCUUCAAAUCCGUAAAAGAACACGUACUGGAGAAAAACCCUGUGUAUGUAAACAAUGUGGCAAAGCCUUUGCAUGUCACAGUACUCCAUGAAUUCAUAAAAGAACACAUACUGGAGAGAUACCCUAUGAAUGUAACCAGUGUGGUAAAACCUUUGCACGACACAGUCAGCUUCAAACACAUAAAAGAAUACAUAUUGAAGAAAAACCCGGAUAAUGCAGUGAAUGUGAUAAAGGCUUUGUUAUUGUAGUCUGAAAAGGAAUUUUAAAAACAAAUUCUUGUGAAAACCCUAUAAAUGUAAUCAAUCUAAUAAAGCCAUUUGUUAGCAGUCACCUUCUAAGGGAUGCAACAUAGUUUAUGGGAAUAUAGUGGGUGGGUGUGUCUGAUUCUUUUGCCUACUCUCGAGAUGGUUCAUGUCUUAAUUAUUUGCUUUGCGAGGUUUGAUAUGAGUGUUUGUGCCUAUUUUUAUCAAAAUAUGGUAUGCCUUGUUCAUUUGCUAUCUCUGAGUAUGCUGCUCUGUUUUCAGGGGAAAUGGUAGAAUAUAUGGGUGUGAUGUUAGUUUGGGAGGGCUAUAGAGAAGUGGAGGGAUGUGUACUGUGGUCCAGAUAUAAAGUGGGAGAUGAGAACAAGGU